AUGUUCCAGUUCAAUUCUGUGAUUCCAUACAGUGAGAUAUACGACAGCUGCACACAGUGUACACUCCGCAGUACGAUACCGUACAGUACAGUUAUAAAAACAUGAUUGUAGAGGAGCUCAUCACCGCUAAAACGGAACCGGAAAUUGAUUUUAUCAAACCGGAAAUAGAUUUUAAAGACAAUUACAUUACUUGCAAUGGAUGUGGAUAUGGGAUACAUGAGGAAUUCAUUCUAAAGGUUGGAGAUAAAAGUUGGCACAGUUCUUGUCUGCGCUGUUCAGUUUGUGAUGUUCUUCUUAAUUAUGAAAAUUCUUGUUUUAUCAGAGACGACAAGAUCUUGUGUCGACAAGAUUACACAAAAAUAUUUGGAACACGUUGCUCUAAAUGUUGUCAUCUUAUUACACAGAACGAUUGGAUUAGACGAGCGGGCGAACAGGUCUUCCAUCUUGCAUGCUUUGCUUGUGAUUCUUGCACCAGACAACUUUCUACAGGAGAAGAGUUUGGUUUGGUUGAGUCACGUGUUUUAUGUAAAUCUCAUUAUUUAGAAAUUAUUGAAGGAGGUUCAGGUUCCUCUACGGAUGGGGAUUGCUGUGAUACUGAGGCUAACAGCAAGAAGAGAAAAUCAAAAAGAAAUAGAACAACUUUUACAGAUGAACAAAUUCAUAUACUUCAGGCCAACUUCCAAAUAGACUGUAACCCUGAUGGACAGGAUUUGGAGAGGAUUGCAGAUAUCUCGGGAUUAAGUAAACGUGUUGUACAGGUCUGGUUCCAAAAUGCCCGGGCCCGGAAUAAGAAGUAUAUCUCUAAAAACCGAAGCCUAGGACCCGGCACGACGCUCUGUGGACCGGAUCAGAUUGAUGUUAACAUUGCCUUCUCCGCCUUCUAUUCUGGGUCUCCAGGUUGGAGUAGUGCUUCAAUAGAAAACGAAAUUGAGACGUCAGGUCCAUGCUUCACUCCACCGACACAAGUAUAGGUGUACUACUCUGUACUACAGUGUACAUACCAGUGUGCUACCGUGUACAAUUUUACAAACCAGUGUACUCCAUAUUGUACAUACCAGUGCUAAGAACAGUGAAUUUAUGUAUACAAAAACCCUCCCUCUCCCAGUUAAUAAUAUGCACAUUUGUACAUGAAACAUAUCCAUAACUUCAGCAUGUACUAUCUAUGUACAUUAGUGAUAUUGUGACUUUGUGCAAUUUUCUUGUUUUUUUUUCUGUUGCGUUAAACAAAUUUAAUUUGAUUAAAGUUCUAUUCCAUGAAAUUGAUAAAAAAUUGUUUGAAUUCUAAAGAUUAGUUUUAGAUGUUGAUCUAGUCUGUGAUAUUGAAUACAUAGCUUUUAUAAACCAGUUUGCCAACUUAUGUAAAGGGAGUACAAGGAUAAAGUUACAGUACACAUGUGUAUGUUGUACAGGGAAAUAAAUUCAAGUGCAAGUCUAGUCGAAAAAAUUAAAUUGAAACAAAACAGUGCAGCAUUUACAUUCUGUCAAUAAUUGUACAUUUUAUUUAAAAUUAAACAUUACAUAUCAUUUGGUCAGAUAAAUGGCACUAUGCACAGUUAUAAAUCACUUCUUGGCAUCGUACAUUUAAUUUUCAAUGUUUCUUCAUAAAAAUACAUUUACUUUCCUGUACAGUGUACAAUGAUCUUGUUCAAGUAAAUUUUCCAGAUUUAUGAUUUUCCCUGUACACAGAUAUUUACUCGAAAUGGUUGUUUUCUUAUCAUAUCAAUUGUUAAGCAUGCAGUACAGUACAGUACAGUACAGUACAGUACAGUACAGUACAGUAGAGUAGAGUA